AUGCCUUCUCUGGAGGAUCAAUCGAGCGUCAAGCAUGACGAGGUCCGCGAGCGAUCUACCAAAUCAGAGGACGAUUUCCAGGGCCUAUUCCAUCAAGUAUACGAAUGGCUUCACCAUGAGAAAUCCAGACGACAGAAUCGUAAAGCACGCAAAUUCGAAACAACCUCCCAUGCAACAACCGGCGACGAAUCAGAUGUCACAGAUGGCCCUUUAGACAGACCGAACACCUCAGACCACAGCUUUUCCCUGGAUAAAUUGGAGAAGAUCCUCCACCAAUAUGCGACAACCCGACCCGGCAGUGCACUGAGUUCGACCCACAGACACCUUGCCAAACGCCAUUCUCGACGUCGACUGAGGGGCCUUCGAAGAGGCUCAGUAUCUGAAUCUGAUAUGACAGAUACCGAGGCUCCCCCACCAGAAGUGCAAGCUUUCCUUGAUAACACCAAGACACUUGCCUACACCGGCGGCGGUGCAGUAGAAGAAAUUACCGACUCUAGCGCGAGUGUGAAACAGGCCAAAGAUGCAGAGGCCUGGCUCAUCUUCAAGACCGAGAUAGUGCGCAUUGUGCACACGCUGCAGCUCAAAGGCUGGCGCAAGGUCCCCGCCGAACUGGCUGGAGAUAUCGAGGUGGUCAGACUCAGCGGUGCUCUCACGAACGCGGUGUAUGUAGUUGAGCCGCCAAAGAACCUGCCUCCGCCGAAGACCGAUAGCAACACGCUGGUUUCGAGGAAGCCUCCACCUAAACUUCUUCUACGUAUCUACGGUCCUCAAGUCGACCAUUUGAUCGACCGAGAAAACGAGCUGCAGAUCCUUCGUCGCCUAGGGAAAAAGAACAUCGGUCCACGCAUUCUAGGAACGUUCCUGAAUGGUCGAUUCGAGGAAUACUUCGAAGCUCGCCCACUCACCCCCAAGGAGCUGCGGAUGCCCGAGACGGCAAAACAGGUUGCCAAACGAAUGAGAGAAUUGCACGAUGGCGUUGCACUUCUCGAAGAAGAACGCGAAGGAGGGCCCAUGAUCUUCAAAAAUUGGGAUAAAUGGGUGGACCGUUGCGAGCAAGUGAUGACCUGGCUAGACAAAGAACUCGAGUCUCCUCACAAUGAAGCCAAGGCUGCAUUGGAACCAUGGCGUCGACGUGGCUAUGUCUGCGGCGUAAAAUGGGACGUGUUCCGCAAAGCUGUGGAAAACUACCGGCGUUGGCUGAUCGCCAGUUCUGGUGGAAUUGACGAGAUCAAGCGGCAGCUGGUGUUUGCGCAUAAUGAUACUCAAUAUGGCAAUUUGCUACGCAUGGAGCCAGCCACGCAGUCCCCGCUGCUUUUGCCUGCAAAUGAACACAAGCAGCUGGUGGUCAUUGACUUUGAGUACUCGUCUGCCAAUACACCUGGACUCGAGUUUGCUAACCAUUUCACUGAGUGGUGCUACAACUACCAUGACGAGGAACGAUCAUGGGCUUGCAACAACCGCAUCUACCCAACACCUGAGGAGCAGUACCACUUCGUAUCGACCUACCUCACUCACCAGCCUGCCAAUGCCGGUGGACAUAUCUCACCUAUGGCCUCACCAGUCAUCCGCGGUCGCACUUCUACCGCGUUUGCACCAUUAGACCUAGACGACGGGUCAGACAGGCCGGACUCCCGUCUCUCGCAAAUCGACCAAUCCAGGGAUGACGACCUUGACGCCCACGUGCGAGCUCUCAUCCAGCAGACACGGAUGUGGCGAGCGAUGAACUCCGCGCAGUGGGUGGCUUGGGGUAUCGUCCAGGCCAAAGUGCCUGGCAUGGAAGAAGGCAUUGCGGAGAUGCUUGCUGCUCGCAAUGGGUCAAACGACGAUGGCGAGGGCGAUGGCGACAAGACGCCGACAGCGACCUCCGGCGUCGAAGAAGAAGAUGAGGGUGAUUUUGACUACCUGGCCUAUGCGCAGGACCGAGUCAUGUUCUUCUGGGGAGAUCUGCUGUCCAUGAAUCUGAUCAAAGCAGAGGACUUGCCUGCGCCGCUGGUGGAGCACGUCAAGUCUCGUCUUGUGGAAUACUAA